CUCCCUGCAUUUGCACAUGACUGGGGGACUGGACAGAAGUGGAAGAAGUCGAAAACCAUUGGAGGCUGAUUAUAUCAAAAACGACCGAGAUCAACUGUAGGUUAACUGUAAGUAAAAGCAGCUCUGCGAUGAAGUUCACGAUUUUAUGUCUACUGGCCGUCGCCUUUGCAGUAUAUUACGUCCAUGAGGCGGAUGCUUUUAGAAGAAGAUUCCGAUUUCGCGUACGCAUCCGAAUACCACGCAUCCGGUUACCACCCGUCAGGCUACCCCGAAUUCGCCUUCGAAUACGCUUUAACAGGAUCAAGCAUGCCCUUAAGAGAUUAACAAUGAGAAAACCGCCCAGUCAAUGGGAAAUGCUCGCUAACAGAGGGGUUUUCGUGCCAGAGUGCACAAAAGCAGUGCGUGAACAGGAGCCCGAUGUGCAUGCUUCCGAUGUGGCCAACUUGUGCAACAAAGCAUUCGAUUUCUACGUUGCUCACGGUCCCCGUAAUGAGCAGGGCUUCACGAAUGCAAUUGUGAGGGCAGCAGAGGUUUUGUUCAGCCGGGAUCAGCCAGAUACUCUAUCCGAUGAAGAGAUUGCAGAGAUGGAGAGAGAAAUAGCGUCCGACUCGAACGAAUUUGAAGAUACAGUCGACUUCCCGGACCCGGACGACACCGAGAAAGUCGUAUAGCUGAUCCAACCACGUGGCUUAAAGACAGAAGAAAUGUCCUGUCAGGAGACCCUCAUGUUGAGAUUUUUUAUCAAAAUCAACUUUCCGCAGCAAUAAAAUUGUAAAAAAAGUCGA